AAAAAAUAUUUGAGGGGCGGUUCAAAGUAGCUCUGUUAAAAUAUUUUAUGGUUUAAAUAAAAAUACAGCUUUAAAAAGGUAAAAGCGCAAACUCCCCUCUAACAUUAAUUAACAAACAUGGCGAGACGCGAGAGACGGCGUCUGUGCAAAUUUAUUUCGGAUUGGACGACGUCUGAUCAAUUUUCGUCGUGGCUAACUCCUGUGAAAGGUGAAAAACAUAAAGCGUAUUGCUUGCUGUGUAAAAAGGUGUUUGCUGUGAGUCACGGAGGGUUGAACGACGUAAAGGCCCAUUACAAAGGAAAAAGACAUAUUUGGUUACAACGUCAACAUCAAGAACGAGUUGCGGGCCAGUCAAAGGAGGGUUACGUAGAACCUCAGACCAAAAAGAUAGUAUUCAAUGAAGAGGCAGAUAUUCUGGAAGAAGCUCUUUUCAACCCGGAUACUGAGUUGAGCAUUGAAGAGGAGACAGUGUGUUACGAUUCAUCACAGCAGGGUGAGGCGGAGUACUGGCCCCUGUUUGGUACAAAGGCCAACACAGGAGCAUCAGGGAAACAUAAUACACUUUUCAGGAAGAUGAAUUCUCAGCAAAAGAUGUUGCCCCAGCAAUAUUGCCUUCGAUGGAAAUAUCACCAUAACAAUCUGCAAGUGAUGUUUAGUCAGCUGUUGGAGAGGGAGAGUUUCUGUGAUGUAACACUUGCUUGUGAAGGAAAGACUCUUAGAGCACAUAAGGUGGUGUUGUCCGCAUGCAGUACUUACUUUGAUGCGAUUUUCUCACAGUAUGAAGAGAAUAAUCCCAUUGUAAUCUUGAAAGAUGUUAAAUUUGCUGACAUCAAAGCACUUGUGGAGUUCAUGUACAAAGGAGAAAUUAAUAUUGAUCAUUCGCAUCUGGCAUCUUUGCUGAAGACUGCAGAAGAUCUUCGUAUCAAAGGACUAGCUGAAGUGUCGUGGAGACAAGAGGGUCAGCCAGCACCCCCUUCCAAUGAGGAUGAAAUCAAUUGUGUAGAUCCCCAAGUAUCCCGUGUGGAAUCCAUAGGAAAUAAUUCAGAUUUGGAGCCACCACUCAAGCGGAGAAGGGGGCGUCCACCUUUGGAAACUAAUGUGUCCAGCUUCAGUCCCAAAGUAGCGAGUGUGACAGGUGCAGGAGGCACUGAGGAAGUCUUCAUACAGGAAGGUGGGACGUCAGAUCCCGAUAAUGAGGUCUCGGGAUGGGAUGAAUCUGAGCCCGAAGUAAUUGCAUGUGACAGUGGUGAAGCUGCCUCUCGUCAGCCAACUGUUAAUCCUCAGCCUACUGAAACCAACUAUAAUGAGAUGACAGAAGGAGAUAAUCUCCCUGGGACACCGAUCUUUGAAGGUACAGCAUCAGGGAUGAGUCAGCUUGUGGCAGACAAAUACAGAGAUGUAAUUAAACUGAAUGAUUAUUUGACUACUGGACGAAGACAGCAGUUUUGGGAAGAACCUUUCACACGGCGCAUUAUGGAGGCUAUAAAGAGCAAGGAGUUGGAAAUGAAAGCAGGUGCUGAGUUGUUAGGUGUUUCAUAUGGCACACUCUAUGGCCGAUACCGAGACGCGUACGGCUGCCUCAAACAUCCUUAUAGAGUACGAGACUUCUGGUCUGAAUCAGGCCCGGCAGACGUUUUAGCCAAGGUCCAGCGAAAAGAAAUAACAUUAUUCCGGGCCGCAGAAAUCUUGAAUGUAACUGUUACAACAUUGGCCAACUAUUUGUCAACACUGCGUCGUGGUGGUUCAUCAUCAGGAGAUGAAGGUGUUGAUGAAUCUAGGGAUGCUGAUGACUCUUUUGAGGAAAUGUCUAUGUCCAUGCCAGUGUCUUCAUCUCCAAAAAAAUUGGCGACUGCUGCCCUGGAAAAUAAUCCUGAUAUCACAAUUGUAAAGCAAGAGAAUACUGUUCCAAUCUCAAACCAUGAACAAAAUGAUGAUGACGAUGAUGACGACGAUGAUGAUGAGGUUGAUGAUGACUCAGCUCCUUCUUCAGUUGCUACUAAUAAUAAUGCAGAAAAUUCUGACAGUGAAGUGGGAGAAGGACGAGAGACAAAUGGAACACAUCUGGAUGAUGGAAAAUAAUCGUUACAUGAAAGUUGCAUAAACCUUUGUACAGAACCCUACAUCAUGAGACGUCUUCGUAGCACAUCCCGAUAUUUCAUCUCUAAGAAGAACGGUACCACAGAUUGCAGAAACAUGGGAGCACACAUUGUGCUUUAUUUCCUUACCAAAUAAUAUCCAAUCUGAUAAUAUGAGUAUCAAGAAAGGAGAUUUGUAUGAUGUAAACAUGUACAGAUUCCUACUGUUGUGUCAGUUAUGGAAAUUAUGCCUUCUGUUACAUCUUACUUACACUGGUAUCAACAGACACCUCGCAUAUUGAAGCUGCUCUAUUCAGUCAUAUGGUGGAACGGAGAUCCAUUUGAUUUACCAUUGCUUGAACAUCUUCAGUAAUAUGGUCUUUAAGACUAAGAACUGAUUCUUAAUUUUUGGUGCUAUAGAACAAAAUAUAGGAUGGAAGACAUUACAUCAUAUACUGUGUCAUUACACCUGAAACCAAUAUAUUUGCAGUUUUAUUAAUGUAUUAUUAAGUGCUUGAGGUGUGCUAUUACAGUUUGUUGCAUCAUUUUAUGUCACUGGACCUUAAAAAGCCAUGUUUUCUGACUAAAAACUUUAGCCAUAAUAUUAAAGCCUGUCUAUUUUCUAGCAAGUAUCUCUUCGCUCACUGACUUAUGGAGCUGAGCCCCUUGUGCAGUUAUUUGAGAGCUUGCCAGCAUUUUAUGGAACCUGGAGGUU